AUGGGUGACGCUGCCAUGAAAGAGUUUGGGGCAGCAGCCCCGUACCUGAGGAAGUCAGAUAAGGAGCGUCUGGAGGCCCAGACUCGUAUCUUUGAUAUGAAGAAGGAGUGCUUCGUUCCUGACCAUGAUGAGGAGUAUGUGAAGGCAUCCAUCGUCAGCCGUGAGGGAGAUAAAGUCACCGCUCAGACUGAAAAAGGGAAGACUGUCACAGUGAAGGAGUGUGAUGUACACCCUCAGAACCCACCAAAGUUUGAUAAAAUUGAAGACAUGGCGAUGUUCACCUUCCUCCAUGAGCCAGCUGUGCUGUUUAACCUCAAAGAGCGUUAUGCAGCAUGGAUGAUCUAUACCUACUCUGGGCUGUUCUGUGUGACUGUCAACCCCUACAAGUGGCUGCCAGUCUACAACAAAGAGGUGGUUGUUGCCUACAGAGGAAAGAAGAGGACUGAAGCUCCUCCUCAUAUCUUCUCCAUCUCUGACAAUGCCUACCAGUACAUGCUAACUGACAGAGAAAAUCAGUCAAUUCUUAUCACUGGAGAGUCUGGUGCUGGGAAGACUGUCAACACCAAAAGAGUCAUCCAGUACUUUGCCAGCAUUGCAGCUGGAAGUGGAAAAAAGGACACAGGCGCAGAAAAGAAGGGCACGCUUGAGGAUCAAAUCAUCCAGGCUAACCCAGCUUUAGAGGCCUUUGGUAAUGCUAAGACCAUCAGGAAUGACAACUCUUCCAGAUUUGGCAAAUUCAUCCGAAUUCACUUUGCUGCUAGUGGAAAACUGGCAUCGGCUGAUAUUGAGACAUAUUUGCUGGAAAAGUCCCGUGUCACCUUUCAGCUUAAGGCUGAGAGAGAUUACCACAUCUUCUAUCAGAUUCUGUCUCAGAAGAAACCUGAGCUGCUUGAGAUGCUGCUCAUUACCAACAAUCCCUACGACUACGCCUUCAUCUCCCAAGGAGAGACAACUGUAGCCUCCAUAAAUGAUGCUGAAGAGCUGAUGGCCACUGAUGAAGCCUUUGAUGUGCUGGGCUUCACUCAAGAAGAGAAGAAUGGCAUUUACAAGCUGACUGGUGCCAUCAUGCACUACGGUAACAUGAAGUUCAAGAACAAGCAGCGUGAGGAGCAGGCAGAGGCUGAUGGCACUGAAGAUGCUGACAAAGUAGCUUAUCUGAUGGGCAUGAACUCUGCUGACCUCAUCAAAGGUCUCUGUCACCCAAGAGUCAAAGUAGGAAAUGAGUGGGUCACCAAGGGACAAAAUGUCCAGCAGGUCUACUAUGCUAUUGGUGCACUGUCUAAGUCAGUGUAUGAGAAGAUGUUUUUGUGGAUGGUAGUCCGUAUUAACCAAUCCCUGGACACCAAGCAGCCUCGCCAGUACUUCAUUGGUGUACUGGACAUCGCUGGAUUUGAGAUCUUUGAUUUCAACACCUUUGAGCAGAUGUGCAUCAACUUCACCAAUGAAAAACUGCAACAGUUUUUCAACCACCACAUGUUUGUACUGGAGCAGGAAGAGUACAAGAAAGAGGGCAUUGAAUGGACUUUCAUAGAUUUUGGUAUGGACUUGCAGGCCUGUAUUGACCUGAUUGAAAAGCCCAUGGGUAUCAUGUCCAUCCUUGAAGAGGAGUGCAUGUUCCCCAAAGCCAGUGAUUCUACCUUUAAAGCUAAACUCUAUGACAACCACCUGGGAAAAUCCAACAACUUCCAGAAGCCUAGAAUUGUCAAAGGGAGACCAGAGGCUCAUUUUGCCCUGGUUCACUACGCUGGAACUGUUGAUUAUAAUAUCAACAACUGGCUGGUGAAAAACAAGGAUCCUCUGAAUGAGACUGUUGUUACACUGUACCAGAAAUCUAAUCUUAAGAUGCUCGCAAACCUCUUUGCAAAUUAUGCUUCAGCUGACUCAGCAGAUGGUGGAAAGGGUAAGGGAGGAGGCAAGAAGAAGGGUUCAUCCUUCCAGACCGUGUCUGCUUUGCACAGGGAGAACCUGAACAAGCUGAUGACCAACUUGAGGUCUACUCACCCUCACUUUGUACGCUGCAUCAUCCCCAAUGAGACCAAGACUCCUGGGGCCAUGGAGAACCCUCUGGUGAUGCACCAGCUGCGCUGUAACGGUGUGCUGGAAGGCAUUAGGAUCUGCAGAAAGGGCUUCCCCAACAGAAUCCUCUAUGGAGAUUUCAAACAGAGAUAUCGCAUCCUGAAUCCUGCUGCCAUUCCUGAGGGUCAGUUCAUUGACAGCAAGAAGGGAGCAGAGAAACUUCUUGGGUCUUUGGAUAUUGACCACAACCAAUACAAGUUUGGACACACUAAGGUAUUCUUCAAGGCUGGUCUUCUUGGGCAACUGGAAGAGAUGAGAGAUGACCGUUUAUCACUCAUCAUCACUGGAAUCCAAGCUAGAUCAAGAGGUCUACUGGCAAGAGUGGAAUUCCAGAAGAUUGUUGAAAGGAGGGAUGCACUACUGGUAAUCCAGUGGAACAUCCGUGCCUUCAUGGGGGUCAAGAAUUGGCCCUGGAUGAAGCUCUUCUUCAAGAUCAAACCUCUGCUGAGAUCUGCUGAAGCAGAAAAGGAGAUGGCCAACAUGAAGGAAGAAUUCCUGAAGUUGAAAGAAGCUUAUGCAAAGUCUGAAGCUCGAAGGAAGGAACUAGAGGAGAAAAUGGUCUCUCUUCUCCAAGAGAAGAAUGACCUGCAGCUGCAAGUUCAGGCCGAGCAAGAUAAUCUUGCUGAUGCAGAGGAAAGAUGUGAAGGGCUGAUCAAACACAAAAUUCAGACGGAGGCAAAAGCCAAAGAGUUAUCUGAGAGACUGGAGGAUGAGGAGGAGAUGAAUGCUGAACUGACUGCUAAGAAGAGGAAGCUGGAAGACGAGUGUUCUGAGUUAAAGAAGGACAUCGAUGACUUAGAGUUAACUCUGGCUAAAGUGGAGAAAGAGAAGCAUGCCACUGAAAACAAGGUGAAGAACCUGGUUGAGGAGAUGGCUGCUCUGGAUGAAAUCAUUGCCAAGUUGACCAAGGAAAAGAAAGCCUUACAAGAAGCUCAUCAGCAAACGCUGGAUGACCUGCAGAGUGAAGAAGACAAAGUCAAUACUCUGACCAAGGCCAAGGCUAAGCUGGAACAACAAGUGGAUGAUCUUGAAGGUUCCCUGGAACAAGAGAAGAAGAUCCGCAUGGAUCUUGAGAGAGCAAAGAGAAAGCUGGAGGGUGACUUAAAGCUGACCCAUGAGAGCCUCAUGGACCUGGAGAAUGACAAGCAACAGCUCGAAGAGCAUCUGAAAAAGAAAGACUUUGAACUCAACCAGCUCAAUAAUAAAAUAGAGGAUGAGCAGGCCAUUUCCAUUCAACUUCAAAAGAAACUGAAAGAGCUUCAGGCUCGCAUUGAGGAGCUGGAGGAAGAGCUUGAGGCAGAGCGAGCUGCCAGAGCCAAGGUGGAAAAGCAGAGAGCAGACCUGUCCAGAGAGCUGGAGGAGAUCAGUGAGAGGCUGGAGGAGGCUGGUGGAGCAACAGUAGCCCAGAUUGAGAUGAACAAGAAGAGGGAGGCUGAGUUCCAGAAACUCCGCAGAGACCUUGAAGAGGCCACUCUGCAGCAUGAAGCCACCUCUGCCACACUGAGGAAGAAACAAGCUGACAGUGUUGCUGACCUGGGGGAGCAGAUCGACAACCUGCAGAGAGUCAAGCAGAAACUGGAGAAGGAGAAGAGUGAGCUCAGACUGGAACUGGAUGAUGUGGUCUCCAAUAUGGAACAUAUUGUGAAGACAAAGACAAAUCUGGAGAAGACAUGCAGGACUCUGGAAGAUCAGAUGAAUGAAUACAAGUCCAAGUUUGAAGAAGCUCAACGCUGCAUCAAUGACUUCAAUAUGCAAAAAGCAAAGCUUCAAACAGAAAAUGGUGAGCUCUCAAGGCAGCUGGAGGAGAAGGAUUCCUUGGUUUCUCAACUGACAAGAGGAAAAAUGUCCUACACUCAACAGAUUGAAGACCUUAAAAGACAAUUGGAAGAAGAGACCAAGGCAAAGACUGCCCUGGCCCAUGCAGUGCAGUCCUCUCGUCAUGACUGUGACCUGCUCAGGGAGCAGUAUGAGGAGGAGCAGGAGGCCAAGGCUGAACUGCAGCGCGGCAUGUCCAAGGCCAACUCUGAGGUGGCUCAGUGGAGAACUAAGUACGAAACUGAUGCCAUCCAGAGGACUGAGGAACUCGAGGAGGCCAAGAAAAAGCUGGCUCAGCGUCUGCAGGAGGCUGAGGAGGCGGUUGAAGCAGUGAAUGCUAAAUGUUCUUCUCUGGAGAAGACCAAACACAGACUGCAGAAUGAGAUUGAAGAUCUCAUGGUGGAUGUGGAGAGGUCUAAUGCUGCUGCUGCUGCUCUGGACAAGAAGCAAAGAAACUUUGACAAGGUCCUGUCUGAGUGGAAACAGAAGUAUGAAGAGUCUCAGUGUGAGCUGGAGAGCUCUCAGAAGGAGGCCAGGUCUCUGAGCACUGAGCUCUUCAAACUGAAGAACUCCUAUGAAGAAUCUCUGGAUCAUCUGGAGACCAUGAAGAGAGAGAACAAGAACUUACAGGAGGAGAUUUCUGACCUCACUGAGCAACUCAGUGAGGGUGGAAAGAGCAUCCAUGAACUGGAGAAAUUACGGAAACAACUGGAACAGGAGAAGAGUGAGAUCCAGUCUGCUCUUGAGGAAGCGGAGGCCUCCCUGGAGCAUGAAGAGGGUAAGAUUCUAAGAGCCCAGCUGGAAUUCAAUCAAGUUAAAGCUGAUAUUGAACGCAAACUUGCUGAGAAAGAUGAGGAGAUGGAGCAGUCCAAGAGGAACCUGCAGAGGACUAUAGACACCCUGCAGAGCUCUCUUGAAGCUGAGUGUCGCAGCAGAAAUGAGGCGCUACGUCUGAAGAAGAAAAUGGAGGGAGACCUCAAUGAGAUGGAGAUCCAGCUAAGCCAGGCCAACAGGCAGGCAGCUGAGGCCCAGAAACAACUUAAAUCUGUUCAUGCACACCUGAAGGAUUGCCAAAUUCAGCUGGAUGACUCUGUUCGGGCCAAUGAUGAUCUUAAAGAGAACAUUGCAAUUGUUGAGAGACGCAACAAUCUGAUUCAGGCUGAAUUGGAGGAAUUGAGGGCUGCUCUCGAACAAACUGAGAGAAGCCGCAAACUUGCUGAGCAAGAGCUGCUGGAUGUUAGUGAGAGGGUGCAGCUACUGCACUCACAGAACACUGGCCUGAUAAACCAGAAGAAGAAACUGGAGAUUGAUGCUUCCCAGCUUCAAACUGAAGUGGAGGAAGCGGUGCAGGAGUGCAGAAAUGCUGAAGAGAAGGCCAAGAAGGCUAUUACUGAUGCUGCCAUGAUGGCAGAGGAGCUGAAGAAAGAGCAGGACACCAGCGCUCACCUGGAGCGUAUGAAGAAGAACAUGGAGCAAACCAUCAAAGACCUGCAACACCGUCUGGAUGAAGCUGAACAGAUUGCCAUGAAGGGAGGCAAGAAGCAAGUGCAGAAGCUCGAGGCCAGAGUGAGGGAGCUUGAGAAUGAGGUGGAGUCGGAGCAGAAGAAGAGCAGCGAAGCAGUGAAGGGAAUUCGUAAAUAUGAGAGACGCAUCAAGGAGCUCACAUACCAGACUGAGGAAGAUCGCAAGAAUGUUACACGUCUCCAGGAUCUGGUUGACAAACUGCAGCUGAAAGUCAAAGCCUACAAGAGAUCAGCUGAGGAGGCUGAGGAGCAGGCAAAUACUCAUCUGAGCAAGUUCCGUAAACUGCAGCAUGAGCUGGAUGAAGCUGAAGAGAGAGCUGACAUUGCUGAGUCUCAGGUCAACAAGCUGCGUGCCAAGAGCCGUGAUGUGGGGUCAAAGAAAGGGCUAGAUGAGGAGUGAAACUCACAGACGGCCACCUAAGACCUUUGGGAUCUCCUGUGGUUUAGUCCCAUCUGUCUCCAAAGU